AUGAGCAUCACUCCCGGCGACGGCCCGCCUUCGCUGGGAGGCCAGGACGCCCCGCAACAACAGCAAUACCAAGCCUAUGAUCCGCGCAUGAAUGGCCUCCAGAGGCAGCCCACGAACCCAUACGACAUGCAGAGCCCGCAGACUCUGUCUCCUCACAAGGGCAACGGUCCGCCUCCCCGCUCCCUUACCGACCCAACAGACCCACAGCAGCAGGACCCUGCCAAAGAGAAGCCUCGAGGUCGGAGCAAGAUCUGCGGCAAGUGUGGUGAGGGCUUGACGGGGCAAUUUGUUCGCGCAUUGGGAGAUACAUACCAUUUGGAAUGCUUUACAUGCCACGAUUGCGGUAAAAUAGUCGCCUCCAAGUUCUUUCCCGUGCCCGACAAGCCUCCGGGCCAAUACCCGCUCUGCGAGACCGAUUACUUCAAACGGCUCGACCUCCUGUGUUUUGAUUGCGGACAAGCUUUGCGGGGUUCGUACAUUACGGCGUUAGAUCGGAAAUACCACAUCGAGCAUUUCACCUGCUCUGUUUGUCCCACCGUCUUCGGUGCGUCCGACAGCUACUACGAGCACGAGGGCAGCGUAUACUGUCAUUACCAUUACUCGACCAAAUUCGCUCAGAGGUGUAAUGGCUGUCAGACUUCAAUUCUCAAGCAAUUUGUCGAGAUAUUCCGCAAUGGACAGAACCAGCAUUGGCAUCCGGAAUGCUACAUGAUCCACAAAUACUGGAACGUGCGCCUGCACUCGACCGGUCAGCCCAUAGCACAAGCUCCGCAGGACGUGGAUUCCGACGCAUCAGACGAGGUGCGCGACAGGGUGCGAAAACAGGAAGAAGAGAUAGAAGCGAAGGUCAACUGGAUUUGGAAGACUUUGUCCGCGUUCGAAGAAAAGUCAGCCACUUGCAUAUCCGACAUGCUGCUUCAUGUCAGCAAUGGCGCAUAUGUUGACGGCGUUAUGGCCGCCAAGAAAUUCAUCGUCCAUGUAGAGCUCCUGUUCAACGCAGCAGAUGAUCUCGACGCACAGCUUGUCGCCAGCACACCGAAAGGCCUUACCUACUCGCGCGAGUCUAAAUUGCUCUGCAAGAAGGUGGUGGCUUUCUUUGCGCUAUUGACGCAGUCGCAAGGCACAGGCGUGCGUAGACUCGGCGUUACGCAAGAGCUUCUGUCACUUGUUACUGGAUUAGCUCACUACCUUAAGCUGUUGAUCCGCAUUUGCCUGCAGGGUGCUUUGAAGUUGGAGCGAGAGACACGGAGCGCGAGCGGCCUCACAAAUUUCCUCGCGCAAGUAAAUUCACUUGACCAGAGGUUGGAGCAAGAGGCGACGAAAGAUCAGGCUGCCGAGUCCCUACUGCUUGUGCCGCGUUGGGCUGAUGCCUGCCCGAUAUGCGACGCUCAAGUCGAAGACAAGUGUUUACACCUCGACAACAUGUCGUUCAACUAUGGUUGCAUGGUCUGCAGGGGUUGUGGAGCAGACCUACGCAGCGACGUCAAGAACGCCUACUGGAGCAAGUCAAAGCAGAGGAUCUUUUGCCCGGCGUGCGCUGCUGCACAGCCUGAUGCGGAGAACGGGUUUGAGCAUGUAACCAAACUACGGCAAUAUGUACACCUACUCAAGGUUGCCCACGCUCGCUUAAUGGCAACAUUGCGGUCCAGUGGAGCUCUACCGCAUACUUCAGAUGAUCCGAACCUGACAGGAUACGACUCUUCUCAAGGUCAUCGCCUAGGCGACGCUAGUGGGGAUCUUCAGACACCUCACCUACGACAGGACGCCCGUUCCAAAUCUUUUGGUGGCCAGUCGUCGGCCGAUAGUCAGACUGCAAACGCAAAUUACGAACAAUCCAUGACCGACAUUAAGCGCCUGCGAUCCACACGAUUGGACAAGCAUCUCUCGCAGACCAUGAAGCGCGCUCGCCAAUCCAGGAUUAUCGACGGUCCGGAAGCGUCAGGUGCUGGCAGCGAAUCUCAAGGCAAAGGCGGUAUGCAAAUUGUGCAAGAACGCGAGGCGCCUGGCGAUGUAGACGGUACUACCCUUGCUGUCAACUCGCUUGCUUUGGACGACAUCGCGCGCAUGGCAGCAUUAGAGCAGCAGCGUGAACAGCGUCCUAAUGCGUUCCGUGCGGGCGGAAGUGCGCUGCUCGGUCAACAAGACCAGGCAAGGCUAUUCAAUGGACAUCGCCGUGACAUGUCCGGAGGACAGCUUGCACCAGAGGGUCGCCCACGCACUUACUUUUCUGAGCUUUCGCCCCUUGAAUAUUUCAAGCUCAAGAGCCUUGCGGUGCUUCAACUGGGUCUCUUGCUCGAUGACGGCCAGUACAACCAAGGCGAGCUUCUGGAUCUUAUCGAGACGAAGCGAACGAAUUUCUGGGGUAAGAUUGGAUUUGGCAAGAACAAGAAGAAGCCUAAGCAAGGCCCCACAAUCGUUGAAAAGCCCGUGUCCGAGAGGGCGACAUUUAGACAGUCCCUCGAGAUGCUCGUGGAGAAAUUUGGCGCAGAGUCCACGGAUGGUGUUGGACCGGGCACGCUACGAGUGCCUGCGCUGCUGCAAGACGCUGUUACUGCCAUGAGAAACAUGGACAUGUCUAUAGAAGGUGUCUUCCGAAAGAACGGCAAUCUCAAGGCUCUGCGAGAGCUCGAGGAAGAGAUUGACGCAAAGGGCGUGGAGCAGGUGGACCUGAGCUCAAAGAAUCCUGUCAUACUGGCGAAUCUCCUCAAGCGUUUCCUUCGGCUAAUGCCGGAUCCCGUUUUGACGCUCAAGCUUUACCGCUUGUUCAUGACGGCUAAUGAAAUGACCGACGAGGUGCAGCGAAUGAAGGUGUUACACCUAGUCUGCUGUCUGUUGCCCAAGGCGCAUCGCGACACCAUGGAGGUUCUGUUCUGCUUCCUCAACUGGGUCUCAUCGUUCCACACUGUGGACGAGGAGACCGGUAACAAGAUGGAUACGUGGAACAUUGCGACUGUCAUGGCGCCAAACAUCCUGCGAGAGAACAAUGAAAAGGAAAUGAAGAGCGUAGACCAAGGCGCUGUUCGAGUCGUCUUCGAUUUGAUCGAGAAUAACGACGAGUUCUGUGAGGUACCUGAAGAAAUCGUGGAUCUACUCUACGAUGACAGCUCUUCCGAGUUGACUCCCAAGGAAAUCAUGAGACAGUGGGAGCAGCGUGGCAGGAACCCGACGGCGCCUGGAUCGACGGCCCCGGCAUUGUCCCCGCGCAAUCAGUCUGGUGCCUCAUCGAGGAAAGACCAGCGUAACGCUCCACACAUUACACAAGCGGAUCACAAUCCUCAAGCAUUCGCGGGUGAAUCCUCUGUACGCCAUGUACCAGGUGCGGGUGGCCCCGGUCAGAACAAUCACAAUACUCCACCACAGCAAUUCGAUCUCAGCACGCCAAAUGUCCCGUACGGUCAACCCGCGCCCGGUUCAGCUGAGAGUCACCGAACAGGGUCGCCACAUCGUCACAGCUACCGAUCACCGGCGUUGCAGAAACAAACACUCGGCACAGCCGGCGCCGGGUGA